GCCAUUUUUCCUUGCACUGAAGAAAUGGCUGGGUACACAGGGACUACCUCAGCCUGGAAUAACAUGUUAUUAGUUGCUGAAUGCUGAAGUAUCCUCAAGGAAUCACAGUACUGAGGGCCAAUACACUGGAACCCUGUUACUAUCAUAGGUCUUAAAUGCAUGAAGACUCCAGAGAAACACCUUGGAACUUCUGGCAAUUUGUUUAAGUGCAUUUAAAGCUGUAGAAAAGAAGAAUUCUGGGGACGCCCUUCUUAGGACAUACAACUUUACUGGAUGAUGGGGCUGCAAGUGAAUAAACUUGAACUUGUGGACUCAAUACUCUUGCAUGGUAAGUUCCUUAUGAUAUCUGUAUUUCCACUGCUUUUCCUUAUGAUUGUGCAAGUAUGUCUCUGGACUUAGUGACAGACAAUUGGCAACAUAAGUCACUCUGUCAUAAGCAGGACCUACUUUUUUUUUUCUUAUGUACCAUUAUAAUCCAUUUUAAUCUUAAAGUGUGUACACUUUCACAUGCAGUUUUUACAAUAGACACAGAAAUCAAGCUUUCUUGGCAUUGUAGCUAUUUGCAGCAACAAACUCCUUUCUUCUCUCUGUUCAUUUUUUUAAUUUCACUUUUAAUUUAAUACUCUCUGAGUCUUCUUUAGCUGACAUUUCUGAGAAUUGGAGGUAGAGGUGAGUUGGCACUUUCUUGGGUUUAGAAAUAGCGGAGCUAACCAGUGAGUGAAUGUGGGCCAGACAGUCUCAGAACUGUAGUGUUGACGGGCCAAAGUGGAUAUGCUGCAUGCCAGCAGUCCCCUGCAGCUGGGCUUGCAGGAAAAUAGCAUUUAAAUUCUCAUCUGGGUUCAGUCAAAUCAUUACAAUCCUUGUUAGUUCUUACUGUUUUGUCUUUCAGUGCAGUGGCCAACUUUUCAAGGCUCAGACUGGCUCCUUGGGGAAGUUCAUGUUGCAGCACUGAAACUAAGUGCAAACCCUCUAUCUGUCUGUCUGUCUUUCUAAUCCUAAACCAAGAUAUUUAUAUCCCGUGUCUCACUGAAGCAGAGCACUGUGCAGAAUUUCAUGUAUCCCACAAACUUGCAUGGAUGUGAGUAGGCAGAAUUUUGCCUUGACCAAUGUACUGUGAAGCUGAAUCAGCCCUAUUUCAUUCCAGUCUUUCACAAAUUUGUCCACGAGAAUGGUUUCUGCUGUUCUGCUCCUCAUCCAACCUCCAUGGCUUUCUUGAGGUCUUGGGCUGUCAUCUAUUCAUGGAAACAAGAGGCCAAGUUCUUUGAGGGGCAUAGGGAAUGCAAGUAUGCAGUUGGCAGCUAAUCGGCACAGAGGAUCUCGGGUCUAAGAGAAGGAAAAGGUGAGAGAGAAGCAUGCAGUGUCCAAUCCUGGUUUCUCUUCUGUACGGUAUAUUCGUCCACAUACUGGAAGGACAGUGAGCUGUUACAGAUACACUUAGUUGAGAGGCAACAACUCCUUGGCCUUUGAAGAGAAAAAGGAAUGAAUCUUAAAUCAAGGUGAAGACUAGAGAAGAAAACAUCAGCCGCUCCUGGUCUUUUGCUGUGCUCUGAGAAUCAGAAAGUGCUCAGAAAAGAGCUUUCCUCCACUAAAAUGGCAGACACCCUAUGUGAAGGGAGCAGCAGCACCACAGAAAGAAGAGAGUGACUAAGGAUGGGAAAAGACCAUCCUAAACUAGACUGAUGAGUAAGAACAAUAGAUGUAGAUGAAUAUGAUUAGGAAAGAAUGCAUCAGGAUGUGCAAAUAAGAGGCAAAGGGGUAAAUGUGUCAAAAGUGGAGUAGCCUAGGGGCAGGAUCCCAUGUUCCCAGGGAACUGAAGGAGAAAGGAGUGAAAAUGGGCAAUUGUAAAUGCAGAUUCCCAAGUGACACUAUUCUUGUGUCCCAUGUUCUUCUGCUACAGUGGGAGUCAGGCCAGCAAAGACUUGUGCCAUUAUUGCACAGUGGAGUCCUUUAUGUGCAUAUCCCUCAAGAAAGUCACAUGCGCUGGGAAGCGAGAGCAGAGGAAUUAGUGAGAGGACAGAGAGGGAAAGAUAUCUCCCAAAGUUCUCACUGACUCACAAACCUUUCCUGGUUUCCCUGGACCCCAGUGAUCCACCACCUUCUAUUAUUGCCCUAUUCCUAGAGGUGGUGACAUGAAGUUUGAAGUGCUCUACUGAUAUAAAUCCACUUUAAGGGACUACAGCAUGGGCUGAAGGUCUGAGAGAUCUGAACUAGCAAGACCUCUGUGUUAGCAUCUCUUAUCACAGAAAGAUACAGAAAGCAAAUGCAGAAGAACAGAGCAGCUGAAGAAGGGAAUAGGACAUACAAGGAUCUGCAACAACUUAGAAAUAAAUAGAAAGAAAAGAUCACCCAGAUCUCAGUAAAUAUUGACAACUCCUGUGUCACUUAAAGAUAGUUAUGACCAGUAGCAAAUGGGGGAUCUCCUGGUCACUGAUGCUUAGGAGCACACUGCCAUUUUCCUCAUACAAGUUCCAAGGGUUCUGCUCCUGAAAAUGGGAUUUCUUGGGUGAGAAAGGCUUAGGUUGAGACAGACCUUUCAUGUUUCUUUGUGGUGUUCUAUCUCAUACCUCACUGUUUUAGGUUAUUUACUCCCAUAUAUAUUUUCUUUUUUCCUCCAUCUCUCUUUCUUAUGUUCUAUAAAAAUUAUCUCUUUUCUUCCUGUGCUCAGAUUUUCCUAUCUCCUCAUUGCUCAGUCUCGUUCCUACAGCAAUGAGUGCAGCCAUUUCAACUGGUUAUGCUGAUUCUUGUUUACAUGAAGUGAUCAUCAAGAAAUCAUUUUAUAAGUUACCCCCCCAGUUUCAUAUUAAAAAAAACAAAACAAAACAAAACAAAAAAACCCAGUAGAUUUUGCAUAGUUGUCACAGCCCUCAUUUGCUUCAUUUUUUUUUCUAGCACUCAAAUAAGGAACAAAAGUUAGUAAUAGUAACAUGCUGGUUUGUAAUACUGACAAUCAAGGUAUUAUCUGUUAGAUGUGAUCAGUGUCCUCACUUCUACCAUAAAGCAGCACUAGGAUAACAUCUGUUCACGUGCAGAUAUUGACAAUGUAGGCAUUUAAAACAGGGCUGGUCACCCUGCAUAUCCUUUUUAGUCAAUAAAGCCAAAUAAGCACUUGCAGAGCACAUUUCAUCUUAUAUUAAAUCAACCAUCUACUUUAGGCCAGAUGAGUCACACCCUAAAAGCACUGGUUUCUUGCCUAGUAUGAGUGGUUUAAUGUAGGUGUCCAUACUGUAUUUGCUUAAGCUAAAGGGAUUCAUCUCCUUGCCUCCUUGCCUCACCUCUGCACCUCAAAUAGUCGGCUCCAAGUAUCUCUUCAACUACUGACCAUAAGACAGCUGGUGCUGUGAAGUAGAAUAUUUUGCAAAGUAGGAAAGGACAAGUAACUACAGAGUCAGGAGUGCUCAGCCCAAGAGAAAAUGAAGUUUCUCUGUUAAGCUGUGCAACACAAGGGGAUUUGUAGUUUGAAUUCACAUCUUGGCCGGUGCUUAUGGAUUUCUACAGUUCUUCCUUCCUUUCACCUCCAGUGAAUGAACAUAUGGGGAAAGGCAAACAAACAAAUUGUAGUACACAUGGUUUUAAAAAAGCCACCAAACAGAAAGCUGACAAGAAGAAAGGAAGUUUGUUAGAAGGGUAGAGAGGCGAGCACUUCUCCUCAACUAACACUUCCCCCUGUAAGAGCAGUCUAUAUGAGACCUACCAGGAACAUUGACCCGAGGGUGCAGGGGUCUCUCUUCUAAACUUUUCAGUUCUACCACAGAUAAUAGAGUAAUUUUAUCAUUUAACAUUGGCACUCGACAGAGUUCCCUAUGGAAUAUCUUGAAGCUACACAAACACAAAUCCUAGAGAAAAAAUAUUUAGUUUUCAAAGACAACUGGAAUAUUUUUCAGACCAACCAUUGUUUUGGCCCAGGGUAUGCACUUCGUGCAUGACCAUCUCCAAUUUGUACCAGAUGCAAAGGCAAAGAUAUUUACUACACAUGCCCCAAACUGUGCAAAUUCCUUUGUCUUUGUGUUCACUUAACCUCAGCUUCCAUUCCACAUAACUUAUUUCACCUCAACUAUGUUUCUUGGAAUAACAUUGAAUUUUGGUCAGCUCAUUAUUGGCUUUGUUUGUCUUUGGUGCACUGUGCGUUGGCUUGAAACAUAAAAUACUGUGGCAAAGGAAUUCAGUAUGGUAAUACAAUCGUUUGCCUACUAUUGCAAUAAGAGUUUCCAUUAUGGCCCCUAUUUUUCACACUCUUGUAACUUUCCAAAACACUCACCUUUGGAGGCAGUUCUCCCCGCUUGAUGUUUGCCUGGAGGUUAAACUUGCCUGUGAGAGCAGAAAUUUUAACAGUUCUAGUCACUUUUACAUUAUGGGAGAGUGGAAAAAAAACCCUAUAUCUUUUUCUGACUUGGAAAGAAAAACGUCUAACUGCAUUUCUAAGGAGGGUUACAGUAAAGCUGCUGAGUGUUGUAAUUUGACGGAUAAAAUCAGUUGAGAGCCCAGCUGUAUCUUACAGAUUCUGCUUUUUUGACUUGUCUCAAUGGUCCUGGUGUCUAUAGAAGCCUAUUUUUGUUCAACAGCCUAGGGGAUCAGAGCAAAAAUGACCAGUCAUUCCAACUGCUAGCAACUAAUUUUUGUCUCUUCUUUCCCAUGCAAGCACAAAAUUAGGAGCUGUAUUAACAGUUUUGUCUGUGAGAGUCUGGAAAUCAUAAAGUAAAAUUUCUAUUCAUUUCAACUCUGUCUCUCUGGAUACAGAUAAGUUCGUGUGUAAAGGAGCUGUUUGUCCUGUUAAAUACAGAGAACUGAGUGGUAUGAAAAGAGUUUCUGUCUUCCUUCUGUCAUUUCUUUCCUUUUACUUUGCUUAAAAAAUCUGCAUGAUCUGACUGAAGGACUUAGGGCUGGCCUGUAAUAGUUUGUGAGUCCUACAUGAAGUCUGGCUAUCAAGGUAGUUAUUGUGUGACUAAUCUGGUUAUUGGAUUAUUACCCGUGUGAGCAAGUUGUCUUAGCUUAAUAGUCAAGCCACUAAGGAAAAAAGAAGGAAAGAAAUACAGUAAUUCCAGAAGAAAAAUUCCUUAGUCAACUUAUAGGGAACACUUAAAAUGAAUGCCUGUGCUGCAAGCUGUAAAGAAGCUACCUCCACACAAUGCAUGAGUCAAAAAGCCAGUAAGAUCACCAUCGCUGCUGAAAGAGAUCUCACUGACAGACGCUGCCUGGAUGAGAAGGCCAGGUUUACUCAGGACCAUUACAAGUUUUAGGUAAGAUAAAGGUGCAGGUUUCUUUACAAUUCUGGGGAUGUAGAUAUGCAUGGAGGCUGUUUUAAGCUUUAAAACUCAACAUCAUUCUUCUACUGCUGAGAAGACACUUUUCAGUCACCUGGGUUAAUGAACAGUCAUUAGCAAUCUGCUGUAAACUAGUAGAUUCCAGUGGCAGUGGAAGUGCUAAGAAGAGCUGGUAGAAGUAUCUGGGAACUCAGACUUGUCUCUAGGCACGUGAUUGGGGAGAUUAGAGAGGGGCAGGGCUAGAGCUGGUACUGCAGCCAUGAAACCAUGCGCUUUCAUGCUUGUAAAUGAUUCCAGUAGUAAUUCCAGAGCAGGAACAGUGAAUGAACAAACCUGGCUCGCUCUGGCUUUAUCUACAUUGCUCUUUAAGGAGCUCCAAUGAAAGGCUACAACACCCUAUCAGUCUCCAGGUAUCACCAUUCCAUAGUGUAUGGCAUUUCUGCCACAAAUCCCUGUAGCAUUUCAGGCAAGCCCCCUUAGUACUUAACCACAGUCACAGCUUAUCUGCUCAAUGCACACUUUUUAGCUGACUAUGUUUGAGUGCAAGGCUGAACUCGAUGACCUCCUGAAGUCACUUUCAAACUUAACUAUACUGUGAUCAUGGAAUCAUAGAAUUAUAGAAUCGUGAAGGUUGGAAAAGACCUCUGAGAUUAUCUAGUCCAACCAUCAGCCCACCCCCACCACACCCCCUAACCGUGUCCCUCAGUGCCACAUCCACACGGCUCUUGAACACCUCCAGGGACGGUGACUUCACCGCUCCCCCGAGAAGCCUGUUCCAAUGCAUGCUUAAAGCUUCAGGCUCAGAUGGGAUCCUUGCAAGGCAAUUUAAGCAAACCUUAGUCCUCUUGCAUCCAUAUGUGCUGUUUGGUUUUUGUAUAGAAACAAGUAAAUACACUACAGCCUCUUUCUUAAUAAGGACCUUCACAGAACCACCCUUGUUUUAUCUGGUUAUGCAUUUUCUUGAAGCUGUUCCCAUGACCACACUGCAGAGUAGGCCUGCUUUCUGAUUUUGCCACAGAGCUUGGUAAAGAGAAUGAUGUUGCCACAUCUAUGUGGCACAGUAGGUCAAUGUCACUUUGGUGGUCAGCAGCACCAUACAUUGGCUGGGUUAUUCUUCUGUUCCUGCUGCCAGGAGAUGCUGUGAGGGAAAGCAUCUCCCCAUUUUUGAGCUCAUAGUUAGGACAUGCAUUGUCCUGUGGCAUUCCUGAAUAUGGCAAUCACAAAAGAUUUUCUUGUAUCGAGGUUUCUCUCGUCACUGCAGAUGGCCCUUGAGCACACAGGUCAGCAGCAUCAGUUGUGUGCAUUGUGCCCGUACUUCUUGGAAGUCCUCAGUCUGCCACUCGUGACAGAUGUUUACUCUCAACUAUUGACACAUCAGCCUCCACAGUGUGAUUAUCCCCACUUUCAUCUUUAUCAGUGCUGUGUGACCCUCCACCCAGAUGACCAUGGGGAGUUCAGUCACAUCCUGAGCUCCUGCCAAAUGUGUCUUUGGGUGCCCAAGAGCUGCCAGGGCACUCAGCUGGGUGCCAGCAUGGCGAGUGCUCUCUCACCCUGAAGUGAGAGCCUCCUCACCUGGUGUUCCAGGAUGAGCAGAGGUCCUGCUCAUCCUGAAACAGGGAUGGGACAUGGUGAGGACACUAUGCUCAUGGAAUAAGGCACCAAGGGACUGAGGUAGGGGCCCUCCUACAGGUCAACGAGUGCAGAGAAAGGCAUGUGUUGCAAAAAUACUUUAUGGUUGUCAAGUGUAAAGCUUUUUCCUGUGGUCAUGGACCAGCAAACUGCAUUGGCCUCACACAGAGAAGCUUCUGGCAAGAAAUCAUUCCUGAAAGCCAGUUCACAUUAUACAGCACUCCUGGGACUGCUGGCUCCACGGACAGAGCACAGGGCCAGGGGAAAUGUGCAGACUGGUUAGUCCUUUCACCACUGCACCUCCCUGGAUGCUGUGGACCAGCUUAGAGUGGUGAGAAAUUACAGCUGUUGUAACCCAGGCAUGGUACAGGAAGGGAGAAGGUGAGGAGAGGACAUAGAGCAGCAACAGGCUUGGCAUAGAGAUCCCCUCACCCUACACACACCGCAUAUGUCUUGCUCAACCAGAGGGGAGGGGAUCAAGUCAGCUCAAAUUAGACAUUAAGCGGUGAAGAAAGCUCCCCAUUGAUUACUGGGGCAAUUUGCAAUCCCCGAGACCAUUCAUCUUCACUGUACCCAGAAGAGAUGGGUCAUGAUACUGAUAGAAAGGAUGUGAGCAUAAUCACAAGCCACAUGCUGUCCUGGCCUUUUUUCUUAAAAUACAAGUUAGGCCUGAAAUCCCUCUGCUGACUGCUCAUAGCAGUGACUCCAGGCUAAGGGCUAUUUGCUUUUUCACUUGUUAAAUAGUCUGUAGUGUCAGAGCUUUUAAGAGAAGGUGCAUGAGGCAUCCUUUACUAAAAAUCAUAAAAAUCAAGAGAACUAUAAAAUAAUGGAGCUGAAACAGAAUCCUAGUGCCCUCAUGGUGCAUGGAGCCCUGCAGGCUCCGUUUCAAGGAGCUCCCUGACCCUCGUGGCCUGAUUGCCUCUGACUUAAGGGCUCAGCCUUGAUACUGAAGGUACACAAUUGAGUCUCCUACCACCUUGCCUGGCUGAAUUCUUGAAGCUUGAGUCUUGGGGCCUCAAAGAGCAUACUAAUGGAGUGACCUAACCAAAGCAGAACCCCUUCACUUCAGAACUGCUUGCUCUAGCCAAUGUAUUCCACAGCCUGUGAAAAGCUUCUGAUAGUCAAGCUUUUACCUGGUGGUCAGUUGGGAAAGGCAGGAUAUGGAGUUUCUCUACAUUUCAUUUCUGGGUGGACAUACAUUGCCCACAGUGAACAGCUUCUGCCAUCUGGGGUAAAACUCUAUAAAGCAAAUUGCUUGUAUGAGUCUAGGCAGAUAGAGCAGCUGUGACUUUCCAUUAAGAUGGCAUGUGCAAUGCAGGAAUCCAUAUUUUGCUGUGCCUCUAAGGUGAAGGCCUUUGUGGUAGCAGAGAGAGUAAACAAUCAUGCUCAGAUUUGCUUCUAGGAGCUUAUCCUCUGGCUUUCACUUCAGCAGCUAGUGCUGCAGGGUUGUGUCCCAUGGCUCUCUGUUGGCCUCCUCCACAAUGAUUCAUCAACAGAAGUUACAUUUCCUAAACCAGAUUCACUGGUUCACUUCUUUUGCUACUUUAGGCUUUAUCUUUCUGGGUCAUUCUAGGGAAUAGGGGAAUUCCCAACAAGUUAUUCUGGAGUAACACAGAUAGCAGCGUCAUCUGUUGACUCUUUAGCAGAUGAAUCCUUGAUGCUAAGUGGCCUGAUGGAAGAGCUGGUGCUGUGACCAUGGUAGGUGGAGGCAUGGAAGGGUUGGUCUUGCUGAGAUAAGGUUGGUGGACGGGCCAUAGGAACAAGCGUGUUGCUGUGAGAAAAUGCUGACCAGAGUCAUCACAGAAUGACUGUUGUUGCCUAGUGGAGUACCUGUAGCAAAAUGAAACCUACUGUCACAGGGAUGUGCUGACAUGAUACUCUGAGAGUUGUUUUCCUUCAAAUCUGCUGCAACCUGAUGGUAGGUGAGCAGUUAUGUUCCUCUCAUCCAAGGGUUUUCCUGUCUGUGGGCUUCGUGAGUCUUCAUACUCAAGCAGAAGUAUCUUUCCCUCUCUGAAAUGGUUGCUCCUGUUAUUGGCCUUUAAAGUGUCCUUUAACAUCUUUCUGCUUUGUAUGGCAUUGCUGUCUAAUUUGCCUUUCUCCCAGUGCCCAGUCUGGCCCAGAAUCUCUGUGUACUACAUGGCUGUUUCUAGUCGUCACUGUAAAACCACAGCCCUGCAUGUAAAAAGAUUUUUUACAGUGAGUGUAGUGAAACACUGGAACAGAUUGCACAGAAAGGUGGUGGUUGUCUCAACCCUGGAGUCAUUCAAGGUCAGGCUGCACUUUGAGCAACCUACUCUAGCUGUACAUGUCCCUAUUCAUUGCAGGGAGUUGGACCCUUAAAAGUCCCUCCCAACUCAAAUGGUUCUAUGAUUCUGUUCUAUGAUUUAUUGCUCCCUAUCCUCCACCCUUCCCACCCCAUUUAAAAGAUGAAAUCUGGCCCUAGUGCUCCUUCCCUUGAGUGUCAGGUGGUUGGCAUGCCUGGCUGCAGACAAGAAGACUCCAUGUCCUAUCUACCACACCCAUCUUUUGAAGAGACACUCCUGCAGGGACCAGGGAGGGAGGAGGCAAAGUGUCAUGGCCCACAUUGCUCUGCCCUUUUGGAUAUGCUUUGGCAAACGCUGGUGUUUCAGAUUUGUCAUUGCCAAGUGCAUGUCUUUUAUACAGACAAUAUGGAGACGUCCUAAAAACCGUCCUAAGGGGCUGGGUUCUUCUGAAAUGCCCCCUUAUGUAUGUGCUGGGGUGCUUUUAGGUACACUGUUUCACUUGUGCUAGGGAAGCUGCCCAUUCCUGUACUGAGGGAACAGCAUAACAGGACAGGCGCGGCUUUGAGGCAAGGUGGGCAUUGCUUUGCUUUGAUCCCUCUGACGUGGAGACACUGUGUUUAAGGGCAGAGGGAAAACAAAACUCCACAUUGUCCUCUUAUCACUCAGACUUGGAACUGCGGUCCAGCAGGGCAAUACUAGACAGCCAGGAGCCCGAUCUGGUUCAGCACUGCUACGUUCCUGCUGUGUGGUCUUGGCAAUCGGCUCGCUUUUCCAUCUGUGAAAUGGAGCUAGUGGUGCUUACCUUUGUUUUCAGGACGUUUCAUGUCUCAGCACGAAAUGUUUUAUGCAAACGAGGAGGGUUUCUGGUGCCAUUUCUUAGUAGUGGGCAGCAGACCUUGAAUUUUGACCUUUACAUGUUGUUGUUUUUUUUUAUGGCUAUCCAUACUCGCCUCACCGGGCCUGGACUGAGUGGACUGGUAGCAACUGAAGGUCAGAAUUAUUUUCCUGCCAGCUCUAACCAUAUAAGUAAGGGUUAGGGCAGUGCUGGAGGGGGGUGUAUUUAUGGGCAUGCAGAUGAGCUGCCUCCACUUGGACGCCUUUCUGCUGGGAGCAGAGGGAUGGAAGUGCAGCUCUGUGGGGACACAGUGUGGUCACUCCUGAAAACGGCACCUGCAUGAGCCGAGCAUCUGGCUUCUUCCACUGUCUGGAUCAACCUCUCUCCGAACUUGUUCAUACGCACACUCAGGAGCUCCUGUCAAACAAGAGGGAGAGCGCUAGGCUGGAGUAUGCUCUGCUCUCCAGAAUACAACAGCAGUAUUUUGUUGGCAUCCUGUCUCCGAACUGGGUCCCUCACUGCGACAGCUGGUUGAAGAAGCAGCAACAAAACAAGGAGCUCACUUAGCUUGUCAAAACCUAAGGGUGAGAUUUGGACAGACCCAUCCCACACCUCCUCGGUCACUCAGGCAGCAUGCAGACUGCCCUUGUGGUUCCCUGUGCCCCUCUCCAUCCGCCGACCUGAGACUCCAUUCCCUUUUCAGGAGGAAAAUGAAACAUCUCUGUUCUCUCUGGGGUGAAAAGCAACUGGAUUUUGUAAUAAAAAAAAAUCUCUGUAAAAGAGGAUUGCUGUGCUCUGCCUGCUUCUCAUUGUGAUGCUGUCCAGGUUGUGAUUUUAGACCUCAUUUUGCAUAUGCAAUUGACGUUGUUUCCCUUAUUAGUGUUGACGGUGCCAUAAAAUUUACUAGGGACAUUACUCUGGGACCUUAGCUAACAUACAGAGAGCUCAGGUACACAGUGAUAUGUAUCAGGAACAGAUUCUAUUGCAAAGAUGGCUCUGAGCUCCUGAAUUCCUCCUGCUAAAUGGGAUAAUUGGUUUCAAUCUUGAAUGGGAUAAUUGGUUUCAAUCCAUUAUUAAUGAUACCUGACACAGCAUCUGAUCUCUAGUUUCACAAAGCUCAGGAUUGCUCAGAUGAGCCUUUGGUCCUUACUCCUCUCAUGAAGUGAGCUUCAGCCACCUUUGAUGUGAUAUUAAUGAUCAAUUAAAGAUACUGCUUAGCUAUGAAUUAAUAACAGGGAUCCUCGUGUAAAAGAGGAAGGGAAAUUCUAGGGCACUGCCAGGUUUUUUGGAGCCUCUCAAGCAGACUUUUAUCAUCUGCGUAGCAUGGACGUUAGGUGUAAGGUGGGGCCUCCUGGGACAGCAUACCCAAAGACAGCUCUGUGGUGGUAGCCAGGCUUUGUCUCUGGGUGGUAUGUCUCUGCGUCCUUCAGAAACAAUGCUCUCACUCUUCCUAAGUCUCGUAUCGGCUAUGAGAUGCUGCAGGGUACGGCUCAUGCUGUUCCCUCUUGGUGAGAUAAAGCUCCCUUCAAGGUUCCAACUUGUUGAAGAAAAUCUCACACCACAUGCAUCGCGUCUGGAAGCUUCCAGAUUGUUUAGAGCUACGUGAGCAAAACCGUAUCUGUAUUUUCAGCAAAUACCUUCGGAAAAGAUAGAGCCUUAAAAUACACUGAGUUUGUCAAAAGAUGCCAGUAAAAAGAGUGUAAGACUGAGCUGGUUUUGUGGUUAAAAAACUUUGACACAGAACUAUAUGUAUCAGUGCAAGAAAUACAAACAAAAUGCCUUUAGCUUAAUCAUAGAAUCAUAGAACGUCCCAAGUUAGAAGGGACCCACAAGGAUCACCAAGUGUAACUCCAGACUCCACACAGCACUACCCAAAAAUCAGAUCAUAUGUCUGAGAGCGUUAUCCAAACUCUCCUUAACUCCGCCACUUGGGGCCGUGCCCGCAGCCCUGGGCAGCCCUUCCAUGCCCACCGCCCUCUGGUGCAGACCCUGUCCCCAACCCCCAGUUGCCCCUCCCCUGACACAGCUCCAUGCCAUUCCCUCAGGCCCUGUCGCUGUCACACAGAGCAGAGCUCAGCGCUGCCCCUCCGCUCCCUCUGUGAGGAAGCCAUAGUAGAGCAUCGUUUUUUCCUCUGUUGCCUUUUCUUCGUGGCUGUUUCUGCAUGGCCUUCCCCUUUGCCUCAUAGUUUGCCUCUUCAUGGAGAAAGAAACGAGCAGAAUCCAUUUUGAUUCUCACUGUAAAGUGCUGACUGACUUUUGCUAUUGACCUGACAUCUGAAGGGAAAGAUAAACAUUCUGCUAUUUUAAUAAGACUGCAAUUGCCCCUUCAAGCAGGAAAUAUUAUUUAGAGCAAUAAUUCCAGAGAGGUCGGAAGGACCUGCAGCAUCUGUUGUGUUCCAUGUACUCCAAGCGGAAAAGAAGGGACAUCCCAUUGUUCUGAUUUAUGGAAAAACAUAUCUCUGGAAGACAUUAAAUCCACUUCUGCUUCACUGGCAGGCACUCCAAAGACCCAAAUAUUUUUAUAUCUAAUUAGCUUCCUUGUCAUGGAUGAUGACGCUCAGCCAGGGUUCCAGGUCAGGCGCACAGCUUUGAGACACGUGCCAAAUGCAGACAGAUAUGGAGCUUUUGAAGCGAGUGAUCUUCUCCCCACAGGUUUGGUCCUCUUGAUAAGUGGGCACACAGGUGACGCACUGCUCUCUUCAACCCAUUUUGGAGUACUUCGCUAGUGUGUUGGCUUUAAGGUAAUUCUCAUCAGUGAGCACAAAGCUAAUCAAAACUAAAAUCUGAAUAGAGAAAGCAGAAAAUAAUCAAGGUUUACAGAUCAGUUCUAAGAAAAAGUCUGUAUUUGUUGAAAGAUCAGAGACUUGCCUUCCAAGAAGAUGAAGGAGGAAUAAGUACGGUUGAAGUUCUGCUUCUUAUACAGAUGUACAGAUGGUCUGCAGAAUUUGCAUCCAGGUCCAGAUUCAUAUUUUGAACCAUACCCAAGUUCAGGGAAUUGAGGUCGGAAAGGUCAGGUCUGUCCCCAUAUGAAGCACUGCACCUGAAUUAUGCCACAGAAAUAAUUCUUUAAUGAAAGAAUGUAGGAACCUAGCUCAAAAUAGUGCCUCUGGUAAGCAUAUUAACUGUAUCCUAGAUAAUAUAUAAUACAAUAUAUUUUACCUUUCCUUCGGAUUGAAAUGCAAGCAAAUUUUUGAUCAUUCAACUUAUCUGCUGGGCAAAAUGUAGUCACCCUUUCAGUCCUGAAAACAUCUCAAUAUUUUCUUGAAAGUUUGCAUGGUGCAUUGCCCUUUCUCCAUGUUUCUGGGCAGAGAGAAAUUUCCUUUUGUUGAAAAUAAAGACCCCCACAGGCCAAUGGGGCACGUACAGCCUUUGUAUCCCAGUGCUAAGAGUUAUCUCCUGCUGUCACUGACGAAACUCUUUUGGCACUUGGGAGGCAGUGAAAGUUCUCAUGUUGACUUUAGUGAGAGGAGACUGAAAGCUUGAUCUUUCUUUAAAUCUAAGAACCCUUUUUCUUUUGUUAAAGCAAUUAUUUGCUUGUGGAACUCUUUAGCUAGAGGCUGGAGUAACACAGUGCCAUGAGGGCUUUGAUGUGGAAAGUGAGUAAAUAUUACAUUUAGGACUUGGAUUAAGGUCUCAAAGAUGCCCCCUAAGCACAUUAAUGAUCUCUGAAGGUUGUUGCUUAUGCUGGUUUCACUGUAAACUUCCUAAAUGUAGUAAUAGAAGUGGUGUCCACCAGCAGAUGGUGCUUCUGCCUGAGAAUUGUUUUCUUUCAUGACUAUUGAAAGACCAUUUCCUCACUCACAUCGUUACUGUAAAUGGCCCAUUGCGUGGCAAAACAGUUGCUAUUACAUCAUGUGGGUUCCGUAUUUCAGAUAGUUCCUAUGUAUGCCUUUCUGUCUGCCCAUCCCUUACCCCUAGUGCUGAUUUUCUUUGUAGUGCCUUUGAUUAAAUGGAAGUAUCCCAUAAAAAGUGCUUGUUUAGCAGAUGUGAUAUCUGGCUGCAGAAUUUCAGCGGUAGGAAAGACAGAGCAGAGUGAUGCUUGUUUUAGCCUGGGAUGCCUUCUUUGUUGCCUUCAGUUUAGACAUGCAUGUUCAAAACCAGGCAGACAACCUCACUGUCUACUGAUUCCCCGCUCUCCAGAACAAUAAGCUCUCCUCCAGCAUUUGAGAUACCUUGAUGAUUGAUACUUCCAGUCCCAUGGUUCAUGUGCCACUGUUUGUGCUUAGCAUGUUGUUGCAUGUAGCAGCGUAUAAGCUCAGGUUAAGCCAGUAUGAUGCUGGUUUUGGACUUGAAGGUUGUAGAUAACACUGAGCUUGUAGGCAGCACUGGGAAUGGAGAAGGAUUGGUGGUAAUGUAAAUCUCUGCAAGUAUGCGAGGUAUGGUUCUCCUUGAAGAAGAGCAAAAACCAGGAGUUUGAUUCAACAUUUUGAGUUGGAUUAUGGAACUACUCCUUGUCAUAGAGAUCUUGUCACAGAAUGGCUUGGGUAGGAAGGGACCUCAAUGAUCACCUAGUUGCAAGAUCUGCACUAGAUCUGGCAUUAGAUUAGGUUGUCCAGGGUCCCAGGCAACCUAGCCUUGGUAUUGAGAGCCAAACCUGCCAUCAGGCUGCUGUGCCCUGCUGCAUUCUAUGCAGCUGUGAACAGGUUCCUCUCAACCAGGAGAUGCCAGUAUGAGGACAGUGGUUACCCCAGUGAGAAGAUGAGAACUCUGAAUGAUCUGGGUCAAGCAAGGAAAGGUAUCAAUACAAGAUGGAAAUAUCAUAAACACAUUCUUACUUUAACCAUAGCAAUCACACAUUUGCACACAGAAAAAAUGUGCAUACUCCAAUAAGGUAGAUCUGCAGACAUUCUUGAGCACUAUGAAAAAUCUGGUUUGUUUUAGAAGUGAAGCAAUUAUUAUGAAAAUGGUAAUUUCUUCUCUUUCUCUCAUCUCAGAAAGGAUGAGAGCAACCCAGCAGUAGAUGUGCUAAAUUCAGCUUUCCUGAAGAAGCUGCUUUAAGGAACUGCUACAAAGGCCUGAAGCUAAAAGAAAGCAGGACCAAAAAGCAUCCUCAUGAUUUUGAGGGGAUAAAUGUACAUUCCAUGCCACAGUGUUUGCAGCAUAGUUUCCUGGACACCACAGUCACAGUAUUUUUGAAAUCAAAAGUGAAGCAACAUUUUUUGCCCCUUUAAUGUAGUUUUUAAUAUGAACUCUGAUGAAGAUGCCAGAGUACGGUUUCUAGAGCACUGGACAUUAGCAGAUCCAAGAGGGCAAUUAAUCAGAUGGAAUCCAAUUAAAAGAUUACUCUCUUGUUCUCCAGAGGUUGCUACAUGGACCAAAAAAUAAAAAAAAAAUUAAAAAACCAGCUGAAAUCCCUCAGGCAGCUCACCCAGAAUAACCUUCUUUUGGAUCCACUCCAGCUCCCGGCAGAGGCUCUGAUUCAGGAAAUUCUCUUUAUCCAUGGUAGGUCUGAAACCAUGCCUGCAUGGCUGCCCAAAAGUGUUGUCUGUGGACCAGGCUCUGUGUGGUCACCCGUGGGAUGUCUACUAGUAUAGCUGUGUUUGCAUGGCUUUGGCUGCCCUGGGUAUAGGCAUCACUGCUGCAGUAGGUGGCCACAGGAGUACCUCCAAAUGGAGAAACUUUCAGGCACACACUGACUGUGCUUUCUGCUGUAGGAAAGCUACUGGAGGCCUGCUUGGGAGGGAAAGAAGCUCUUUGAUGAUGGCUCCCAUGGCAACAAGAUAAGGCCUUACAGAGUAAGCAUGUGCGGCUCCCAGUGAGGGGUGAACUCUAAAUUGAAAGCAGAUGAGUGAAACAGGUGACUAAUGCAGAUAAAACCAGUGCUACUGGGAGGAUGGGGAGCCAUGAAGAGGAUGGGAAAAAAACAGAUGCCAUGUACUUGGACUGUGACAUUGCACAGGACAGCCUUGAGCUUGUCUUUACACUUAAGGCAGUGAUGAUGGAGCAAUUGGGACCAGGAGCUAUCCUGGGGAUCUGGCACCUCACAGAACAACAGCAUGGUUGAUGUUGGAAAAGAUCUCUGGAGGCUGUCUGAUCCAACCCCAUGUUCAAGCAUGGCCACACGCAGCAAGGUGUCCAGGACUGUGUCAACUCUGUAACUAGCAGGAGACUCCACAACCUCUCUGGGUGACUCAUGCCAGUGCUCUAUCACCUACACUGUAGAAAAAUGCCUCCUGAUGUUCAGACAGAACCUCCUAUGCUUCUGUUUGUAUUCAUGCCUCUUGUCCUCACACUGGAUGCCACUAAAAAGAACCUGGCUCAAUCCUCUCUGCACCCUCCCUUCAGCUACUUGUAUAUAUUGAUUAAAUCAUCCCAAUCCUUUUCUUCUCCAGGCUGAGCAGUCCCAACUCCCUCGGUGUUUCCUCACAGGAGAGACACUCCAGUCCCUUCAUCAUUUCUGUGGCCCUUAACUCUCUCCAGUGUGUUCAAAUCCGUCUUGUACUGUGGAUCCCAGACCUGAACACAACGCUCCAGGCACUCGAUGCAGGCUGCUGCAUGGACCCUGCCAAUAACAAAGCUGCUCAAGUGCCACAGAAUGAGAAGCAAAGCCCUCAGGUCUUUUCUUCAGUCUUCCUGGGGUGGGAGGCCAGCAGCAGUUCCAGUGAUGCUCACCCACGAGGUGCCUGGGUGGGAUGAGGCCAUGGUGCACUCCCUGGAAAAGUGCAUUGGAAGCUGAGCUUGCACUGAGGCUUCUGCACACGUGAAGUGGUUUUUGUUUCCUGCUCCAGAUCACGGGUGAUGUACACAAGCAGCAGAGUUCGGGGAGGCUGGUCCUGGCUGUGUUUGCAGACCUGCUUCUUGCAGUAUAGGCUUGAUGGUCACAGACAACCACGGUCCUCGUGAAAGAAAUGGAAAACCAAACAAUAGGAGGAAUCUAGGAGAAAGGGAGAGAAAGGCUAUGUUCUUUGUUUAUGGCAAAGGAUGGGGGAAACAUGAAACAGGGCAAGGAGAAAAAGAACAAAGAAAGAGAUAGAAGACCCAUAUGGGUGACCUAGUAGGAGUGAAGGAGCACAAAAUUCUUCCUUUUGGGUGAUAACAGCAUGGAAGACCUUCUACAGUGCCUGCCCAGUGCUCAGUCUCUUGUGCCCAUAUCAACUAAGGGAAUUAUUCAUUAUUCUGUAGAGCACAUCUUUACUCUUCUUCUCUCUGGGUCAAAAAAUACCAAACUGUAAACUUCUAGAGAUGUUUAUCCUUAGAAAGCACUACAGUGUUCUUUUACACUAUAUGAAAUUGCAGUAAUAAGAAUAACUUAUAGCACUCGGCAUCGGACAGGAUGACUGAUGUAAGCUGUCAGCCGAUGUUUGACUUUCCAGGUGAGAUUAGAUUUAGCAUUUACCUUAAUAUAAAUAGAGAGUGUGCAGUAGAAAGCACUUAAUUAACAGGCAAGUGCUCAAAACCUUGUGCAGGCUGGAGGCUACUUGAAGAGUAAGAUAGCUCUCUUCCUUUCAAGAGUAUCGCAGUAUUAUCCCGUGGAGUUUCAAAAUCCUGAUUGUUACUGGGAAUCUCAUUGCUGAAGGAGAUAGGAAAGUAGCUGUAACUUGCAAGGAUGGCUGAAAUACGAAACUUCACAUGGGCAGUGGAAGAUAUUUUCAAGGAAACCUUUCUCACUUACAUGAACGGCUGGAGGAGAAACAUGACAGAAGCGGCAAAUGAACUGCAAGCCAAGGUUGACGCUGAAAACUUUGACUAUGUUAUCCUUUAUUUGAUGGUGAUGAUUGGAAUGUUCUCCUUCAUUAUUGUGGCGAUCUUGGUGAGUACCGUGAAAUCCAAGAGGCGAGAACACUCCAAAGACCCUUACCAUCAGUACAUCGUGGAGGACUGGGGCGAGAAGUAUAAAAGCCAGAUUCUGAAUCGAGAAGAUCUCAAGUGUGUGGUCCAUGAAAACUUUGGUGCAAGGGACAAAACAAGCCCUGGAUCACCGUGACAUUUCAGAAACAUCAGCAAGGAGGAAAUCACGAAGCCACAUUUAGGGAACUCGCUGGAAUUAUAAAUACCUGUGAUACUGUCCAUUAAUUUACACAGGUUGAGCUAGAACGGACUGCUGAAGAAAUCAACAUCGCUGUUUCCUCUGAGACCGCUGGCACAGCUGCUGUGAGGAACACCUGAGAAAAAUGCAUGAUUGUGCUCUGCUUUGAUAUUCUGCUCUUCAGGAAAAUAAAGUCAUGGAGAGGAUAA